CAACUUUUCUUUGUGUCGCACGUAAAAAGCUCCAAGGUUCACCUGCUGCAGGGUUUACCUGGGGAGAGAAGGAGGAGCUUUCUGAGAGAGACGGAGAGGCUUUUUUACUGUUCACAUGGCUUUUUGAAUAGCUUAUAAUGCAGUGGAAUAUACCUUUGAUUUGCAGCAUAGUGUUGUUGUUUCUGCUUUGCUUUGCUCCGUUUUGUAACUCUACUGAGAAAAGCUCAGAGUUUAGGCAUGACGGACACAGUCAGAUCCAUGAGAAGACACACAGCACGAAAAAGUUCUGUGAUCCUUCCUUCAAUAACCAGACAGUAGGCGCUAUCACUCAGAACUGUCAGUUUGAUGCCUCUGGGGACCGCUGUGAAUGCUGUAAAGAGGGUUACUAUGGAAACGCAGCCAACAGGACCUGCCGUGCCUGUCCAUGUCCCUUUACAUGGAACAGUUUUGCGUUGGCCUGUCUGGACAUCAGCUCAGGAGGGGUUGAAUGCUUGUGUAAACGUGGUUACAGAGGAGCCACAUGCGAGAGAUGUGCAUUUGGUUACUACGGCAAUCCAAUGGUGCAUGGAGGCAGCUGCAAGCCCUGCAAUUGCAAGGAUGGCUUGAACAUUUGUGAUUCUCUGACUGGAGAGUGCAUCACAUCUGGUAACAGCAGCUGUGGUGCUCACUGCCAUGAAUGUGACAGCUCUACUGUCUCCUUACUGGUUGACUUGGAAAAGAUGGACGAUGCCCUGGCUUGGCUGCAGCAGCAGCAGCUGCAGAACGUCUCUAAUGGCCCUGGUUUGCUCUCCAGGCUGGAGGCUAACAUCUCUGAAACCAAGAGUCUGGUUGGGAGCUACAGCACUGCUGUGAGGCACCUGGAUCCAACGGUUGAAGAGCUGGAAGUAGAUGUGGAUGUUGGCAGAGAUGACUUGAGUCAACUGACUGACAAGAGACUUAGAACUGUAUCAGAUCUGGAGAAGGUCUUGCAGAAUGUGAAUGGAAGAAAGUUAAAGGCAGAGGAUCUUCUCUCUGAAGCUGAAGCGCUCCUUACAGCAACACAAGAUUUGAUAAAGCAGCACACUGGGGUGAAACCUGGAGAGUCAGUCACUGUUACUGAAAACAACAAAGCCAGGAUGAUGGAGGAGGCUCAGGGCAUUGUGCAGGAAAUGAGAGCGAGAGGCUGCACUGCUCAGAGAGACAGAGCUGGCAGAGAGCAGGAGGACACACACAAAUUGUUGGACAUAAUCAGGAACAACAUGGCAGAUCCUUUGGAAACCAAUCAGACUGGAGACUCUCUGAUGGCCUCAGACUCUUCUCUGAGUGAGGUGGCUGAGCUGCUGACAGACGCAGGGGACAGAGUCGACAGGACACGGGGCCUUAACCUGAAGGCUCGUACUGCACUACAACAUCUGGAGGUGACAUGAAACAUAGCUGGCAUCAGUCGAAUCAUUUCUCACUCUGUAGUAUCAUACUGAUGUUUUCACCUCUCUUUGUUCAUUUGCCAACAUCUUCAAACACAGAUGGAGAGAGAACAAAGUACGCUCCUUCCUGUGACUGAAAUGACCAAAGAUCUGCUAAAGAAUAUCACCGACAUCUUUUUAAUGCUUGAGGAAAUAAAAAAAGAAUUUGAAAAUCAUGCAGCUCAGCUAGAUGGUGCCAAGCGGGAACUUUUUAAGAAGUUAAAUAACAUCCAGAUUAUGGCAUUGGUGGGUAUAGUAACCAAAGCUGAGAAGCAUGCAGAGGAGCUCAACAGAGUGACAGCAGA